AUGUCAUCCACGGCCGUCGAGGCGCCCCUCAACCCGGCCCCUCACCCCGACGCAAGACGAGUCUGGCUAGUCUCCACCCCGAUCGACCCGCGCUCCAUCCCCGCCGAUCUCGUCGGUGUCGACGCCUCCGGACUCAAAGCCGCCAUGCGCAACCGCGGGCUCGAGACCGAGCACUGGGCACUCAAGAUCGAUUCCGCUCCUGGUCAAAAGACCGACCCCACCAUCGUCGACAUCACCGUCCAGGCCGACCACAAGAUGGUCUCGCAACUCCAUCCCACCUCGAGCCCGUACUGGAGCGGCAUCACGCGUCGCAUGGCCGUGGGCUGGACCAUCUGGAACGAUCACGAGGUGUUGGUCGCGAGCAAACAGCUGAUCAGCGCGAGACCCAAGUACGAUGGCAGGGGGAACAAUUUCAUGCAGCUCGCGAGGAUGUUGGCGAGGCAUAUUGAGUUUGUGCCGGUGGCGGUGCAAGGUGCGGGCGAGACGGAUGCUGCGGGAACGGUCGGGACGGAUGCUGGUGGUGAAGGUCUCUUGAUGCCCGGAAACCGAUCGCAGAUGACGUUGGUUUCGGGUGGAACACAGAGCCAGCGAAGUCAAUCCCUCGAAUCAUCGGAUGCGAAGAACGACCUCAAGGCGGUUCGAGAGAACAACGCCGUGCCAGCCAGAAUCCCAGCGAGCAGCCGACAGAGUCAGAGGAUGAGCAUUGCACGACCUCCGCUCAUCCAGCUGUCCACUGCUCCGUCGGAAGUCGGAUCCAUGUUGGCACCGAGACCAGCGCUGCAUCGAGCUGCGGAAUCGGAGGGGCUGACACCCUCGCCCGCCGGAUCGGUUCGAAUGUCUCUGCCUCCCCAAUCGCGUCAGCAGACAAGCUUCUCUUCGCCGCUCAACCCUCAGCGUCAGUCGAUCGGUGACCUUCGCGUGGACACCAACUCGCUGCGUGCUAGGACCAACUCGGACGCUGCUAACGCGUAUGCUACUACGCGUAUCCGUGCAUCUCGGAGACGCAGCGAAGCGCCGUCCGAAUGGACAUCCGAUGUCGCCGCGGAUCAACGAUUCCGUUCGGUAGGCUCGCGAUCCUCCCUCCACCCCGCAAACCGCGAUUCGAUGCUCAGCCUGAACACCAACUUCAUCUCCUCCCCCUCCAUGUGGCUUCCUCCACCACCACCACCACCGCAUACGGCAUCGCAUCUUCCCAUGAUGCCUUUCCACCCGCAGCUGUCCAUGCCUGGGUUUCCCUCGAUGAUGUUCACCCCGCAGCAGAUGUUCUACCCGCCACCGCAUCCGCAGAUGCCCCUGUUGGUUCCCCCCUCGCCCGGCUUCGCUAGUCAUACGAGUAGCGCGGUCAACACUCCUCCCGAAAGCCCGGCUUUGGUGGGCAAGGGGUUGAUGGCGAUGCCACACGAGUUGAGGUCCAACCUUGCUUAG